AGUGUUUUUCUUAUCUUUCAUUUUAGUGUUCAAAGAGUCUCUGCUACUAAAAAAUCUCUCCUCUUCUAAAAUCUUUUACCAAGAAAAUAAAAAGUAAGCUCUGAAACAGCGGUGGUGGUGGUGGUGGUGAUUGGUGACCUUUUAUUCGAUUAUUCCCUCUCCUUUUUUCUUUUCCGGCAAAAGCUUAUAUUUGGGUCUCUUUAUUUUCCUUUACCUCAGCAACUUUCCAAGAAAAUCCUGUUUCUUGAGUGUCUAUUUACUUUCUCCAUAUUUGUAUGUCUGCCUCUUUUCCGUACUCUUGUUUCUUUAAAUCUUAACCAAGUUUUGGGUUAAUUUCAGUCUAGUUACUUAGCUUUGCUCACUCCUUUUUAAGACAUGUAACACUUUCCUUGAAAUUUCUCGUUCUUUCAUAAACCAAAAAGAAAAGCCUUCAAAAUCUUCUCCAUUUUCAAUCUUCUCUUUAACGUUCUCCUUUCUUUUUUACUCUUCUUUAUUCUCCCUCGUGUCGUCAAGAAUCUUUUGGGUUCUAUAUUUUACUGCUGUUCUUCAACUUUCAAUGCCAAUCUGAAACCACCCAGAAAACAAGAAACCCCAGCUGAAGAAAAUGACCCGAGUCAAGUUUAGCGAGCACAGAAAUCAAACCAAGCUUGUCACGCCAUUAUUAGAUACGAAACCACCAAGAUUUGUUCGAAUAUCGGUUACGGACUCGUAUGCUACUGACUCCUCUAGCGACGAAGAAUCAGAUUAUGAAAUAUUUAAUUCACGACGGAGAGUGAAAAAAUUUGUCAAUGAAAUCACCAUUGAGUCUUCGUCUUCGUGUUCUGUUCAAAACGACGGGGUUUUGAGAAGCAACAAUAAGGUGUCACUGAAGAAUGGCCGGAGAAAGAGUGUAGCCGGGAAAUCAUUUCCGGCGAGUGUAAUCCCGCUGAAGAAGAACAGUGGUACUACAGUAGGUAAAAAGUUCAGAGGUGUCAGACAAAGGCCUUGGGGAAAAUGGGCGGCGGAGAUCAGAGACCCUCUGCGACGUGUACGGUUAUGGUUAGGUACUUAUGACACUGCUGAAGAGGCUGCUAUGGUUUAUGACAACGCAGCCAUUCAAUUACGUGGAGCUGACGCGCUCACAAACUUCGUUACUCCUCCAGCUAAAUUAUCAGAACCCACCAACUCCGGCUACGAGUCUCAGAAUAUUAAUUCUCCGGUGUCUGUUCUCCGGUUUCCGACAACCUCAUCAAGUGAAGAGGCUGAGUCACAAAGUGCUGCAGUUUCCGGUAAAGAAAUUAAGGAGGAGUCGAGUGUGUCGGAAAAUUUUUCAGAUUUUUUGGAGUGCUCUUCAAUGUUUCCCAAUGAUUUUUUUGACUUUCAGAGUUCUAUGAGUGAUAUUUUUGAGGAAACAAGUUUGAUACCAGACAGUUUUCUGAAAGAUGGUAUCGGCGACAUGUUUCUUGAUUCCAGCGUUGAUUUUAGUUUCGGAUUCUCCACCUGGAAUAACAACGAUGACCAUUUCCAAGACAUCGGAGAUUUAUUCGGGUCGGAUCCACUCAUUGCUAUAUAAGUAUAUAGAAUAGUUUCUGUAUGACCGGCAUUUUAGUUUGAAGCCGGAAAAGUUUUGUAUCAGCGGCAGUUAAAAUUAUCGGAUGUAUUUUAGUUAUCAGUUUUUUUAAAUUGUAUGGAAAUGAGUAUUUUAAGUAA